AUGGGUGCAGAAAAAUCAAAAUCAAGUUCUACAACGACAAUGCACAAUAACCAACCGCGACAACGCAUGGUUCAAAACUACCUCUUAGUUUGCGUGGAUGCGAACAUCGAUCAAAAGGACCAAAACUGUCAGAACACUUUGACGCACUUACGAAGUGUUGUCAAUGAUGUCAAUAUAUACACUCAACCAGAUGCUUGCGUUCAAUUCCUCAACAGCAUUGGUGACGAAAAAGCUUUCGUCAUCACAACGGGAUGCUUAGGUCAACACUUCGUGCCCGAGAUUCACGGCAUUCCACAAACAAAGAACUGGUCAAAGAUCAAAGGUGUUCACACAAAUAUUGAAGAAAUCUGUGAAGCGCUGACCACGGGUGUUAAACAACAUAAUCAAGACUCCAUCGCCAUGAGUUUAAUUCCCGUAAUAGGAGAGGGUUCCAAUGUCAAUCUCAAUCAACUGGAACCCAGUUUUAUGUACACGCAAAUAUUUAAGAAGAUUCUCCUCGACAUGGAGCAUGACAGGCAAGCAAUCAAAGACCUGGCCAAUUACUGUCGUCAGCGUUUUCAAGACAACUUCGCGGAACAAAGUAUUAUCGAUGAGUUUGAAGGUGAAUAUCGUCCGGACAAGGCCAUAUGGUGGUAUACACGUCAGUGUUUUACCUACCAAAUGCUCAAUCGAGCACUUCGCACUUUGGAUAGCGAAGUUAUUAUUAACAUGGGAUUUUUUCUCCAUGAUUUACACAAACAAAUACAACAACUACACCAAGAACAGGUCAGUAAUUACAGAGGAAAACCUUUCGUAGUCUACCGUGGACAGGGACUAUGUGGUCUUUUGUCUUUUAACAACUUUUUAUCCACCAGUACCACACCAGGGAAAUCUCUCGAGUUUACCUACAGCGCUCUCGGUGAUCCCGACAAGGUGGGUAUCCUGUUCAUGAUCACCAUCGAUCCGAAUAUUGCUAGUACUCCAUUCGCAUCGACUGGGGAUUUCAGUUAUUUCGAAGACGAAGCAGAGAUCCUGUUUUCCAUGCACGGCGUGUUUCGAGUCUGUACAAGUACAAUUCGACAAACACGUGACGGCACUAAACUUUAUCAUGAGGUGCAACUUCAGUUGACUGCUGAUAACGAUCCACAACUCCGCGUAUUAACCGACCGUAUUGAAAGUGAAGUUGGAGGCAAUACAGGAUGGCAACGUUUGGGUCGCUUAUUGCUAACAAUUGAACAGUUGGAUAAAGCCGAAGAACUGUACGCUGCGUUACUGGCACAAGCGUCUGAUACGAAUGACAGAGCACUCUAUUAUCAUCAACUUGGCUACUUAAAAAAUAAUCAAGGUGGUCAUAGAAUGGCUAUCGAAUACUAUGGAAAAGCACUUGAAAUCUGGGGAAAAGCUCUUCCUUCGAAUCACCCUGAUUUGGCUACUUCGUACAACAACAUGGGAGAGUAUUCGAAAGCACUUUCAUUCUAUGAAAAAGCACUUGAAAUCUGGGAAAGAUCUCUUCCUUCGAAUCAUCCUUCGCUGGCUACUUUUUACAAUAACAUCGGUGCGGUGUACUACAACGUGGGCGAGUAUUCGAAAGCACUUUCAUUCUAUGAAAAAGCACUUGAAAUCUGGGAAAGAUCUCUUCUUUCGAAUCACCCUGAUUUGGCUACUUCGUACAACAACAUCGGUUUGGUGCAUGACAACAUGGGAGAGUAUUCGAAAGCACUUUCAUUCUAUGAAAAAGCACUUGAAAUCUGGGAAAGAUCUCUUCUUUCGAAUCACCCUGAUUUGGCUACUUCGUACAACAACAUCGGUUUGGUGCAUGACAACAUGGGAGAGUAUUCGAAAGCACUUUCAUUCUAUGAAAAAGCACUUGAAAUUGGAGAAAAAUCUCUUCCUUCGAAUCAUGCCUGGCUGGCUGCUUCGUACAACAACAUCGGUGCGGUGUACUACAACGUGGAAGAUUAUUCAAAAGCACUUACUUAUUUCGAACGCUCUCUGGACAUUCUGCAACGUGUGUUACCGGCGAAUCACCCUUAUAUAAAAACUGCAAGAGAAAGUGUCGAAAUUUGUAAAAGAGAAUGA